UCUCUUGUCGAUGAGUUUUGGGAACUCUCUGAUCCCAAUCCUGAUAUCAGAGCUCUGUUUCUGCAGUUUAAUGAGAGAUUUUUCUGGGGUAGAUUGUCUGGGAUCGAAGUGAAAUGGAGCCCUAGAAUGACAAGUUGUGCUGGUAUAUGUUGCUAUGAAGGAAGGGGUGGACUAUGUUCUGUUAGAUUAAGUACGCCAUUGUUGAAACUAAGACCAAGAAAAGACCUGGUGGAGACUCUGUUGCAUGAGAUGAUACAUGCCUAUUUAUUUGUAACAGAAAAUAACAAGGAUCGUGACGGCCAUGGACCUGAGUUCCAUAAACAUAUGUACAGAAUCAAUGCAGAAACUGGUACCAAUAUUUCUGUUUAUCAUACCUUCCAUGAUGAAGUGGAACUCUAUAAAACACAUUGGUGGAAAUGUAACGGGCCCUGUCAAAAACGACAUCCAUAUUAUGGUAUGGUGAAGAGAUCAAUGAACAGAGCUCCGUCUAAAAACGACACCUGGUGGGACGAACAUCAGAAGACUUGUGGAGGGACAUAUACUAAAGUUAAAGAACCUGAGGGAUUCGGACAGAAGAAGAAAGGUGGCAAGAAU